AUGGCGGGCAGCAGGUACGACCAACACCAACACCAGCAGCACACAUCACUACUUCCCGUUCUGUUCCCUUCGUCGGCGUCGCAUGGCGCCGGCGCUCCUGCUCAAUCUCCUGCGCCUGCUCCCACCACUGCUCCUGCUCUUGCCCCUACUCUGGCUCCUGCCUCUGUGUCUGUGUCUGUGUCUGUGUCUGCGUCUGCGUCUGCCGCCGCCGCCGCCGCCGCCGCCGCUGCCGCCACGACAGGUCAGUCGCAGGAACCCCACGGCCCAUUGCACCUGCCACAUCGGCCGCAGCAACAGCAAGUGCAUCCGCUUCAGCGCUUGCCCCAGCGCCUGCACCAGCAGCACCCUGGCCACAGCCUUGGUCUCAGUCAUCAGCACCCGCAUCCGCACUCGCACGCCCACCAAACGCACCAGCAGCUCCAGCUCCAUCUCCUCCAGCAGCAACACAAUCACAAUCAGCAACACCCUUCGCUUGCACCAUACACCAGCAGCUAUCAGCGCAACCGAACACAAACGCAGGCUCAGGCGCAGACCCAUUCGCAGACCGACCUCCAGCACAAACUUGCUGCCAAUCCCGGCUAUAAUAUCCCCAGCCCGGCCGCCUCCGCCGCCUCGUCGUGCAGCAACUCCAACAACCCGCCCUCGACCUUGUCCUCAUACAAUCCGAAUCCCAACGCCCACGCCGUUGCGACGCCCGCCUCAUCCACCACCUCUGCCUCCGCACCAAACUCCGCCUCUGUCCGUGCUCUUUCGGCCGAUAUGGCUGGCGACUCCUCGGCCGAUGCUGCCUUUCACGACGACUUGGCAGCUCAACAGAGGGCUGCUGAGAGCUACCAGCCUGACCUCCAGAACCUGCCACAGACGUACUCUCAUUAUCGGCCAGUUCAAGGCGAUGGUAACUGCGGAUGGCGAGCAAUCGGCUUCAGCUAUUUUGAGCACCUCGUGUUUACUGGCGACCCUGAUAAAUUGAGUCAAGAACUUGCCCGCCUCACCAGCCUCAACAACUACAUUGCCAAUGUCGGUGGGUACGAUUUUGAGCUCUUCGAGGACAUGGUCCAUGAAACGCUCUCUUUAAUCAAGGAUCUUGCGGAUGUUGUGACCGAUUCGGCUACCGCCAUGGCACUCCUGAUGACACGAUUCAACGACGCACAAUGCUCCAACGCUAUUGUUUACCAUCUUCGUUUACUAGCGGGGUCUUGGUUAAAGGGCAAUGCAAACGAUUUCGAGCCGUUUCUUGUCGGCAGCGGCGGCCUGCUACAGUGGUGCAACGAGAACAUCGAGGUCCCUGACCGCGAAAUUGACCACAUUGGCAUCACCCUCCUCGCGAACAUUCUACUCAAACCCAUCGGCUUUGUUCUCGAGAUUACCUACCUCGAUCGCACACCCGGCUCGCAGGCCAACGUCUACCGACUGCCCGAAGAGGCCACAGGCCAGGACCCUGCCAACCUUGGGCCCAUCAUCUACCUUCUGUACCGGCCCGCUCACUACGACAUUCUCUACCACAAAAUGUCGUCCCGAUUCCCGAACCCUGCAGCCGGUGCCCCUGCGCCUCUCGAGCUGCAGGUCAACAGGGCCAUGUCAUUUUCCCAGCAGCACGAAGUAGCAAGCGCCACACCCUCCCUGCAUAACUUCUCAACUGUCGAUUUUAGCGCACUGGCCAUGCUGCCCGGGUUCAGCGGCCCGCCUUCCGCCAUGUCUUCUUUGGCAUCACCCACGGCAGUGUCCCCGAUGCACAACGCUUACGACCCCUCGCCGCAGACUCCCUGGCUGUCGGCCCCCUUCUCGGAUUCCGCCAUGCAGCAGACCGCGCCGCCGGCCCCGUCAGCGGCCCUUGGCCUUCUGCGGACUCAACCUCGACAACCACCCCCCUCGUCGACGUCAGGCAGCCAAGCCGCUCCCUCCAAGCCAAGCCAGCCCGUCGACUACCAGUUGCGGUUCAGCUCCCAAUGUUUCCACCUGAAGAACUCUCCCGCCGAGCCGACGUCGAUGCUCUCGCAGAAUGGCUAUACGGAACCCAACUUUACUACGACCAUGUUCAAGAACAGCCACUUCAACAAGGCCCACUAUAAUAACCCACAAUUCCAUCCUGAAGAGUGGGUGCCAGACGACGAGCCACACGACAGGAGCGUGAAUAGUAAGCGGAAGAUCCGUUCGAGGUCGGAUUAA